GUUUAAAAAAAAAGUUGUUGCAGCAAAAAUAUAUAUUUGCCCUUUAAGCCACAUUUUAUAUAAUAAAUAAUGAAAUUUUGAACUUUUCCUAAUUUGUGUGACUCCACAUUUUUAAAGAAAAAGUCUUCUCCGUUUCCAUGGGAACGUUCAGCGUCCCGGAAGUUGACUACUAUGUGUUUUCCAUCAUGGCGGUGCAGAGCUGGUCGGAGGUGCUGAGGUCUGCUAAGAAAACAGCGCUAAUUUCUGAUGGAAAAAGGAAAGUACACUACCUGUUUACAGACGGCAGUGAGAUGGCUGAAGAAUACGACAUGAGAACAGAUGAACUUAUCUUGCGACAGUUGCGCUCUAAAACCAAACUGGGUGGAGCAGGACAGUGGCAAGUAGAAGUCGGUGAAAGAAACCCCAGUGCUGUUCCCUCCACAGACACAGAAAUCAAAGAAAGUAGCUCUAAUCCUUUGUUUAUACGUAAAGACACGAAGGCCAGUUUCCAGUGGAGAGUUCGCAACAUCCCGUACCCCGUAGACACUUAUAGUGUUUCAGUGGAGCCUGCUGAACGAUGCUGCAUCAUCCGGACCACGAACAAAAAGUACUAUAAGAAGUUCAGUAUUCCAGACCUCGACCGCUGUCAGCUGCCUCUGGAGAGCGCAGCCUUGAGCUUCAGCCAUGCUAACAACACUUUAAUCAUCAGUUAUAAGAAGCCCAAAGAGAUUUUAACACUGGAACAGGAGCUGAUGAGGGAAUUGAAGAAGCUGAAGGGGACAAAUGAAGGAGACGUUGACUGUAAAACCCAGUGAACUGGCGAGGACUCUUGACUUUCUUCGUCUGUGCGUCUGUUCAGAACUCCUCAGUGCAGUGUUCUUGCAGUCCACAGUUUUGCACUAGCUUUCUUUUGUAUGUACAGACAAAAUGAAUGGCAGUUUCUGAUUGGAUGUUCACUGUUUGCUUUUUAUAUGAAGUUUCAAUGAUACAAAGCUGCUUAGAAGAAAACUGUUUAAUAUAAGCUGUGAUCAUUAAUGCACAGCAAGAAUACAAUGAUAGAUUUCUAAAUUUACUCUUUCACUUUUUUCUGCUUCAGAAUAUUCUGCACUGUGAUAGCAUGUGUGUACAUUUUGUAUGAAACUCUUGUCUGGCAAGAUCAAUAAUACUCUUGUUUUGUUCAUUCGCUUGUAUUAAAAAUCCCUGAAUUUCA